GAAUUAACUAAAAAAGUAGUUGCAAUUAUUAAUGUAGGUAACGCGCCUAACAUGUGGAGGCUUCAUCCUUGGAUUGCGGGUAAACCACACAAUAUGUGAAUGUGACGCAGUAGGGUUGGCCCAAUUCUUGAACGCAAUUGGGGAGAUGGCCAAAGGAGCAGAUUCACCAUCAAUUCCACCACUGUGGGCACAAGAGCUCCUCAAUGCCAUAGAUCCACCGACAAUUACACUUCCGCAUUACGAAUAUGAGCAAUUGCUUGAUUCACAAGGCUCCUUCAUUAUAGACCAAUCAGACAUGGCCCAACGAUCCUUUUAUUUCGGUCCACAGCAGAUUACAGCCCUCAGGAAACAUCUUCCACCCCACCUUUCCACUUGCUCCUCAUUUGAGCUCAUAACAGCCUGCAUCUGGAAGUGUCGAACGCUUUCACUGAGACUGAAUCCAAAAGACACUGUUCGCCUUUCCUGCAUCAUCAACGCCCGCGGGAAGCGCAUGGAUGACCUAUGUCUCCCCUUGGGAUUCUACGGCAAUGCAUUGGGUGUCCCGACUAUCGUUUCAACGGUAGAACUUGUGUGUGCAAGUCCACUGGGAUAUGGUGUGGAGUUGGUGAGGAAGAACAAAGCUCAGAUGGGUAAAGAAUACAUGCAAUCACUGGCCCAUUUUUUGGUGAUCAGAGGACGGCCUCCGCCUCCAAUGGCUUGGAAUGUGUUUAUAGUUUCUGAUAAUAGACACACUGGUUUGGGAGAGUUUGAUGUUGGGUGGGGAAGACCAGUAUAUGCUGGACUUGCGAGGGCAGUCCAUGUGAUCAGCUUCUAUGUCCGAGAAAACAACCAAGAAGAGGAAUUUAGAAUUUUGGUGCCCAUAUGCUUGCCAAGAAUGUGUUUGGAGAGGUUUGAGCAGGAGCUCAAGAGGAUGAUAUUGGAGCACGUCGAUGAUGUAUCUAAAUAAGACGCAAGGAUUAUGUGUGUGUGAUUAAGUCUAGUUGUCUUGUGUUGUGUGGGCUAUCAUUUCUAUGGUAGAGUGGGUUUGUUUUCCUCUAUAUGCCUCUUUGCAUUUGGAGUCAGUUUUUUGUUUUUUUGUUUUUUUUGUUUUAAGAAAAUUUCGCAUCAGUCCAAUUCUAAUAAAAGACCAGCAUCCUUUGUAACCUGUUGGCUUGGAAUUACAUUCAAAGCUCAACAGGUCUUGGGUUCGACUGGUAUCGGAUCGAUGUCAAAAUAAGAGAUGUUGGGUGCAACCCACGCAUAAGUUG